AUGUUGGACGUUCUGAGUGAGAAAAUGGCCCCCGCAGGUGUGUCCAUCCAGCGCGGCCCCUCAUCCUGCCUAGUCCCCCGAGGAUCCAAGCGUGACAGGGCCCUGGGACAAGAGAGGCAACUGCUCAUUUCUUUCAAAUGUGACUGGAUGAUCCGGCCUCUCCCUACAUUUGAUAGUUCUCAGAAGUGCGCCAUGCCUUCUAACCUGUUCACAGAGCUGUGCAAUCAUUGCCGUAAUCUAAUUGGUUCAGGAAACAUAGAACGCCAGAUGGAGCUUGCUGCGAGAAAGACCCAGGUUCAAAUCCUUGUUUCUGCCACGGACAAGCUGUGUGAUCUUGGGCAAGUGUCUGAAAAAUCUGGUGCCUUUGUUUUUCGUGGCUCCCUGGAGAUCAUCCAGUUACACCCAGCGGAAGAAACUGAGGCCCAGGGAAGUGAGUGUAACACGUUGCUUUCUCUUCGCAGAUUCUUUCUCAAAUUUUUCCUCAAGUGCAAUCAGAAUUGUUUGAAAACAGCAGGAAACCCGAGGGACAUGAGAAGGUUUCAGGUCGUGUUGUCAACAACGGUGAAUGUGGAUGGACACGUGCUGGCUGUUUCUGACAACAUGUUUGUUCAUAACAACUCCAAGCAUGGACGGCGAGCGAGAAGGCUGGACCCGUCAGAAGCUACCCCCUGCAUCAAAGCCAUUAGCCCGAGCGAAGGCUGGACCACGGGAGGAGCCAUGGUCAUCAUCAUUGGAGACAACUUCUUUGAUGGCCUCCAAGUGGUGUUUGGGACCAUGCUUGUAUGGAGUGAGCUAAUAACUCCUCAUGCCAUCCGAGUGCAGACUCCUCCCCGGCACAUCCCUGGAGUAGUGGAAGUGACAUUAUCUUAUAAAUCCAAGCAGUUCUGCAAAGGAGCUCCUGGGAGGUUCAUUUACACAGCAUUAAAUGAACCCACCAUAGACUACGGUUUCCAAAGACUGCAGAAAGUCAUUCCAAGGCAUCCUGGGGACCCAGAGAGAUUAGCUAAGGAAAUGCUGUUGAAAAGAGCUGCGGAUCUGGUGGAGGCCCUCUAUGGCACACCACACAAUAACCAGGACAUCAUUUUGAAGCGGGCCGCAGACAUCGCGGAAGCCCUGUACAGCGUCCCCAGGAAUCCCAGCCAGAUCCCAGCUCUCUCCAGCUCUCCGGCUCACGGUGGCAUGAUGGGCAUCAAUUCGUACGGCAGCCAGCUUGGCGUCAGCAUCUCAGAGUCAACACAGGGAAAUAAUCAAGGGUACAUCCGCAACACAAGCAGCAUCUCUCCGCGGGGCUACUCUUCCAGCUCCACCCCCCAGCAGUCUAACUACAGCACCUCCAGUAACAGCAUGAACGGCUACAGCAACGUCCCCAUGGCCAACCUGGGCGUCCCCGGGUCACCAGGAUUUCUAAACGGCUCCCCCACAGGCUCCCCGUAUGGAAUCAUGUCAUCAAGUCCUACUGUUGGAUCUUCUAGCACGUCCUCCAUCCUUCCAUUUUCCUCUUCAGUUUUUCCUGCUGUCAAACAGAAGAGUGCCUUUGCCCCUGUCAUCAGGCCACAAGGCUCCCCUUCACCUGCCUGCUCCAGUGGCAAUGGAAAUGGAUUCAGAGCCAUGACUGGACUUGUCGUGCCCCCGAUGUAAAGAAGAGGAACUGCUUUCUUAUAGCACAAAACUACUUACUCUGAUGGACCAAUACUGAAGAAAGCGCUAUGAGCUCUUUGGGGAGAGUUGUGCCCCAGAACGAACAUGACGGACAGACUUGGGUGUGCAAGGAGCCGCAUCUCACCUGGCCUCCCGCUUCCUGGAUAGCUCUCAUGGUGGCUACACAAACUGAACCUCUUGGGGACAAGGACAAAAGAUGUCAUUGACGUAGUCAGUGCUAAGAGCAGAAAUGCAAUUCUUUGUUAUGAACAUUAUGAGAACCACCUUCCUAUGUUUGUAAAAUAUUUAAGAAAAAAAAUUGGCAAACAAUUCAUGCUUAAUAUUUUGGAUACUAUUUGUUUUUCUUUGUAGGAAAAAAAAAGUUGAAAGUUUCUAUUUUCUAUGAAGCCUUUCAGAUACCAAUUUAGUUUAUGCAGAAAAAAAAAAAAUUGAACACAACAGGGUACCAGCAUGGAAGACAUUCUUAAACGAAACCUGAACUGAAUGAUGAAAUGUUGUAUGUGUGUUUGCUUAUAGUUUAAUCUCUUUAAAA